AUGAACCGCGAAGGCUAUGUUGAAUAUUCCGACUGGCGGCCGAUGAUUUUCGAGGCAUUUUUGUGGAAAGUUAUGGUUACCCGAAUCUUCAACAAUUUCUGGUGGGCAGGCAUAAUUGGCACGCCCAUGACCAAAGUUUAUGCGUCCAUGAGUCAGAGCUUCAGUUCAAACGCGGCCGAUAUUCUGAUCUUCCAGAUUGCCAGCUACGAUGAUAACUUCGAGAACCUCGUGGGCCAAAUCCGCGAUGCGAUUAAUCCAUACCGCAUUUCGAAACCUGGUGGCCUGACGAAAGCGAUCCGCGAUGUCCUAGUUGAGGCGAUCGCGCUGGACGAAGAGCUCAGCCGGCCGCUGGCCCAGUUUAAGUGGGACUUCCCCGAGCAUGGAGAAGAAUUCGACGCCGGACGGAUGCAAGCAGCAGAUGUAGACGCCUCAAAUAUGAAGGGUCCCAUCAGCAUCGUCAUUUGUCCGGGGAUCAAGAAAAGGGGACGAUCCGGGGACUUCGAGAAAGAGGAUAUACUCCUCACCAGCAAGGUCUCUUGUGCCGCUCCAAUUAGUGCGCUAUCUGAGAGCUAUGGGAGUUUCCAAUGCCUUUGCAACCGAUUGAAGAUCCCUGUAUACAAUGAGUUUGACCCAUCUUUGGAGAGACUACAAAGGUAUUGUUAUGCUCGUCUUUAA